CUAACGAGAGCUUAUGCUCCCAAAUGGCCUCGACCAAAACCUGGGACAUCGGAGCGUCCACCGUACCGUGCACCAGAUCCCUUAAUAAACAAUCCAUCUGCUAUAGUAACUGCUCUUCCCGAGGAAGAUUUGACCUUCAUUCAUCGACCCCCACCAACAGCUCCUUCACCGAUAUCAUUCACAACCAACCCCGUAUCGCCUCUCCUGAGGUCUCCUUCUUCAUCUACCUCUUCCGCCUUGCCUCCUCUUAUACGACCAUCAGCGGACAAGACUCCUCCACCGCGACUGUCUACUGAACAAAUUGUCGAAAUCCGUCGUCUUCGUUCACUCGACCCGGUGAAGUGGACUCGUGGUCGGCUGGCGAAGAAAUUCGACUGCACACAGCAGUUUGUUGCACUGGUUGCUGCUACGAAGAAGUCUACGCGGACAAAACUGAUUCAGAAAAGAAAUGAAGAGCACGAGGCAAACAGAAGGAAGUGGAGCGAAAAGAGGUCGCUAGUCGUCGCCAUUAGCCAAAAACGUCGGCAAUACUGGUGA